CUCCGCGCGUCCCGCUUUGCUUCAUUGAGCUCCCCCCCAUCGUUGGGCCUGUGGACCUGUCCUAAGGCGGAGGCCGCGACACGCGUAGCCGCGGGAGCAGUCCAGGGGGCUGAGGCUUCGCGGUACUUGGCUGCCAGGAGCCAGGGAUGCCAUUAUUCUAUCGUAUGUGAGAAGUCGGCCCAGGGAUGGAAAACUUCAUUCUGUAUGAGGAGAUUGGAAGAGGAAGCAAGACUGUUGUGUAUAAAGGGCGACGGAAGGGCACAGUCCAUUUUGUAGCCAUUCUUUGUACUGAUAAGUGUAAAAGGCCUGAAAUAACCAACUGGGUCCGUCUCACCCAUGAAAUUAAACACAAGAAUAUUGUUACUUUUCAUGAAUGGUAUGAAACCAGCAAUCACCUCUGGCUAGUAGUGGAACUCUGCACAGGUGGUUCCUUAAAAACAGUUAUUGCUCAAGAUGAAAACCUCCCAGAAGAUGUUGUGAGAGAAUUUGGAAUUGACCUGAUUACUGGAUUACAUCAUCUUCAUAAACUUGGCAUUCUCUUUUGUGACAUUUCUCCUGAGAAGAUACUCUUGGAAGGGCCUGGCACACUGAAGUUUAGCAACUUUUGCUUGGCAAAAGUUCAAGGUGAAAAUUUGGAAGAGUUUUUUGCUUUGGUGGCAGCAGAAGAAGGAGGAGGUGACGGUGGAGAGAAUGUCCUGAAGAAAAGCAUGAAAAGUCGAGUCAGAGGAUCUCCUACAUAUACAGCACCAGAAGUUGUGAGGGGUACCGACUUUUCCAUCUCCAGCGACCUCUGGUCUUUGGGCUGUCUGCUUUAUGAAAUGUUUGCAGGAAAACCUCCAUUCUUCUCAGAAAGUAUUUCAGAAUUAACGGAAAAGAUCUUAUAUGAAGAUCCUUUGCCACCUGUUCCGAAAGAUUCUUCUCUUCCUAAAGCUUCUUCAGAUUUUAUCAAUUUGCUUGAUGGGUUACUUCAAAGAGAUCCUCAAAAAAGAAUGACUUGGACAGGUCUACUGCAGCAUUCAUUUUGGAAGAAAGCUUUCACUGGGGCAGAUCCGGAAGCGGGCAUCGGCGCCCCUGGUCUCAGAAACAUGACGGAGCGUUCUGGGCAAGAAGAUUCCAGGGAGCUUCCGCAGAACCCUCAGAGUGGACAAGCAAAAGGCCACCAGAGUGGUCAAGCACUAGGUCACUCUUUCAGACUAGAAAAUCCAACCGAAUUUCGGCCUAAGAGUACUCUGGAGGGUCAGUUGAAAGAAUCCAUGUUUCUUCUCAGUUCGCGUCCUACUCCAAGAACUAGCAGUGCGGUGGAAGCAGGUCCUGCUGAGGACGUGACUCACAGCUCACCGCAGAAGACUUCUCCUUUGACCAAGUUUCAGGUUGCAAGUGGACACCUGAGUCGGCAGGACCUGGAGUCCCGGAUGAGGGAGCUGAUCUACACGGACUCAGAUCUUCUCGUCACCCCCAUUAUCGACAACCCAAAGAUAAUGAAACAACCACCGGUUAAAUUUGAUCCAAAAAUAUUGCAUCUACCAGCAUAUUCAGUGGAUAAGUUACUGUUGCUGAAAGACCAAGAUUGGAAUGACUUUUUGCAACAAGUGUGCUCGCAGAUCGACUGCACCGAGAAGAGCAUGGGGGCCUCCCGCGCCAAGCUGAAUCUCCUUUGCUAUCUGUGCGUGGUGGCUGGUCACCAGGAGGUGGCCACCAGGCUCCUCCACUCUCCGCUGUUCCAGUUACUAAUCCAGCAUUUGCGGAUAGCUCCGAACUGGGAUAUACGGGCCAAGGUUGCUCGGGUGAUUGGUCUAGUGGCUUCGCACACAACUGAGCUCCAGGAAAAUACACCCGUUGUUGAGGCAAUUGUUCUCUUAACUGAAUUAAUUAGGGAAAACUUCAGGAACAGCAAAUUAAAACAGUGCCUUUUACCAACCCUCGGGGAGCUGAUCUAUCUUGUAGCCACCCAGGAAGAAAAAAAAAAGAACCCUAGAGAGUGCUGGGCUGUUCCCCUGGCUGCAUACACAGUGCUAAUGAGGUGCCUUCGGGAAGGGGAAGAACGCAUUGUGAAUCACAUGGCAGCAAAAAUAAUUGAAAAUGUCUGUACCACCUUUUCUGCUCAGGCCAAGGGCUUUAUUACAGCAGAAGUCGGACCUGUCUUAUGGUACCUGUUCAGACACUCCACUGCUGAUUCCCUUAGGAUAACAGCAAUAUCGGCCUUGUGUAGAAUCACUCGCCAUUCUCCCACGGCCUUCCAGAACGUCAUUGAAAAGGUGGGACUGAACUCAGUCAUAAGCUCGCUGGCCUCUGCCAUCUGCAAAGUUCAGCAGUACAUGUUGACCUUGUUCACGGCCAUGCUGUCCUGUGGCAUUCAUCUUCAAAGACUCGUCCAAGAAAAGGAUUUUGUCUCCACAAUUAUCCACUUACUCGACAGCCCUUCAACAUACAUUAGAGCAAAAGCCUUCCUGGUUCUUCUGUAUAUUUUGGUUUAUAACCGCGAGAUGUUGCUGCUCAGUUGCCAAGCAAGACUGGUGAUGUACAUCGAGAGAGACAGCAGAAAGACCACCCCAGGCAAGGAGCAGCAAAGCGGCAAUGAAUACCUGUCCAGAUGCCUGGAUCUUCUCAUCUGUCACAUCGUGCAGGAGCUGCCACGGAUCCUGGGUGACAUUCUGAACGCCUUGGCUAAUGUUUCUGGGCGUAAACACCCAUCAACAGUUCAAGUGAAGCAGCUGAAGCUGUGUCUCCCCCUGAUGCCUGUGGUGCUUCACCUCGUGACCUCACAGGUAUUUCGACCUCAGGUUGUAACAGAAGAGUUUCUUUUCAGCUACGGAACUAUUCUUAGUCAUAUUAAAUCUGUAGACUCAGGAGAAACAAACAUAGAUGGAGCCAUGGGACUGACAGCGUCAGAAGAAUUGAUCAACAUCACGUUGUCUGCUUUUGAAGCAAUCGUACAGUAUCCUGUUGUGUUGAAAGACUAUCACUCUACAGUCGUUGAGUAUAUCCUGCCACCCUUGGUGUCCUUGGUCCAAAGCCAGAAUGUGGAGUGGAGACUCUUCAGCUUGCGGUUGCUCUCAGAAACUGCAUCUCUACUUGUGAACCAGGAGUUUGGGGAUGGCAAGGAGGCGGCCGGCGUUGACUCUGACAGCAGUCUUCUGGCUCUCAUUCGAGAUGUCUUACUUCCCCAGUAUGAGCACAUUCUCAUGGAACCUGACCCAGUACCAGCAUAUGCUCUGAAACUGCUUGUUGCAAUGACAGAACACAGCCCAGCUUUUACCAGACUUGUGAAAGAAAGCAAACUGAUCCCACUCAUUUUUGAAGUAAUUCUGGGGCAUCAGGAGAGCAUUCUGGGUAACACCAUGCAAAGUGUGAUCGCAUUACUCAACAAUCUAGUUGCCUGCAAAGAUUCGAAUAUGAAGCUACUUUAUGAACAAGACCGAGGAGGCCCGGGAAGAGAGAGGAGGGGUUGGUUUUGCUGUCUCGGGUGGCAGAGGCAGAAGAAAAUCUGCAUUCAAGUGGGUGUAGUUCAAACCCAUGUUCAGGCAUCAGCUGUAUUCUUCAGUGAAAAAAGACUUGUCAGUCACAUCUGUAACCUACUCACUGAAACUGCCACACUGUGCUUAGAUGUGGACAAUAAAACCAACAACGAGAUGGCAGCGGCACUGCUCUUCUCCCUGCUGGAAAUUUUGCACAGCAUGCUGACCUAUACCUCCGGGAUUGUGAGGUUGGCUUUGCAGGCCCAGAAGUCUGGCUCGGGAAAGGACACUCAGGCUGCCGAAGACCUGCUGCUGCUCAGCAAGCCUCUGACAGACCUCAUCAGCCUGCUCAUUCCGCUGCUUUCUAAUGAAGAUCCUGAGAUUUUUGAUGUCUCAUCCAAGUGUCUGUCUAUACUGGUUCAGCUGUAUGGAGGGGAAAACCCAGACAGCCUCUCUCCUGAAAAUGUGGAAAUUUUUGCUCAUUUACUGACAUCCAAGGAAGACCCAAAGGAGCAGAAGCUUCUGUUAAGGAUUCUCAGGAGAAUGAGUUAAAGUUCCUGUAAAAUUAAACACCAAUACAAAGAAAAAGAUCACUAGAGGCAGCAGAUACUAUGAUCAUCUUUAAACUGAAUUCACUGCUCCCCAGAUUGAGCCAAAUUUGGAAAACCUGAAAAAACAUAUUUCGGAGUAGCCGGUUGUUCCCAGCCAUAUUCUGUUUACGAAUUUGAAGUAUUGAUACGUUGCAGCAACUCGGAUGAAUCUCAGAAGCUUUCUACUGACCGAAACAAGCCAGUCUCAAAAGGUUACAUACUACUUCAGACGGAAUUCACGGGACAUUCUCAGCAUGACUAAACUGUGAAGACAGAGACACUUAUCAGUGAUUACCAGGGUCUGGGAGAAGGGCAGCACAGAGGAAUUUUUUCAGUGAUAGAAAGUUUUUUAUCUUGAUUGUGGUGGUGGUAAACAUGAGAUUAAUGUGUUAAAAUUCAUAGAACUAUAAACAAAAUCAAUUUUAUUGUUUGCUAAUUUAAAUAAUAUGUAAAAGCAAAAAAAUCAAAGGAAUAAGGAACCAAUGAAUAUCCUAUGUCUGAACCCAGACAAGAACCUGGCUGUGGCUUCCUGUUUGGCACCAUGUGUCUACCCCACUCUAUGGGGCUCUCUCUCCUUGGCUAAAUCCCAGAGGCAGCCUCACUGUUACUUCUGCUGGGGGCAUCAAUUCAGUAACUCUAAGGGAUUGUCCAUGUUCUGUUUAAACGAAUCCAGUACCAGGAAGCUCAGCACCUUUCAAAACUUUCUAUUGGAUUUACAUAUAUUGCCUUCUAUGAAGCCUGCAAUUUCUGCAUCUAACUUCUACCAGCAGAAUCUAAUUUUGCUCACUGGUAUCACACAGAAUUAAUGCAGCUCUAGAGACUAUCAGUGUGUUGCACUCACCUCCCUCUGCUCUCACCCUCUCACUUCUCUGUACUGCUGCUUCUCUCACGUGAUUUCUGCACUCACCACUACUCUGGGCUCUCUUGUCUACUGUCUCAUUUGUCAGCGUCCCUCUGAAAAUGCGUUGGCCGGAGGUGAACAUGAUUCUCCGUCUGUGGUCUGAUAAUAGGAAACGGAGCUAGUUGGCCCUCUUGCUAACCCUAACAUGGUUUUUCUGUUGAUGAUGCGCAGGUCACAGGGCCACCUGUAGACGCCGUGUCACUCCGUGGACUCAACGUGCCCACACAUGGUCUUUUGCACAUGCUGCUGAGACGCCUCAUCCUCCCCAUUAUGUUCAGCAGCAGUAGGUUUUUCGUCUUUAUCCCAUUCAGUUACAUCUUUUUAGGGCCGGCUGAGGUCAUUUUGCAUCCUGCAGGGGUCUGACGUCUGGCGUACGCACAUUUUCCCAGUCUCAGGCUCUGACAUGCCAAGUCUUCAUCUAAGCCAGUAGGAUAAUCCCUCUUUCCAGACGACAUGAAGAAGGGAGAUGCUUGAGUUUCACUCUUGUGCCAUCACCUCUGACUCACUGGAACAGCCUGUUCCACGAGAAAAUAAAUGCCGACAUGUCUUAAGCUUUCCCUCUGCCUGUGCCCCUUUCUGGAAAGGUUCCUCUUGUCUUCUGAAUGUUGUACCUCUUUGUAUGUGACUGUUAAUUGUAUGCCUUGAUGCUAUUAGAGUUUGGGUUGCUGGGGCCGGAUGGCGCCGCAUAAAUACAGCUUAUCAUCCUAAUUAGCAUCACUGCAUACUUAAGCAGAUCUGAAACCUGCAGUCUCCUCUGGUGCUUCCUAGGUGUGUAGUUAUUAUGAAAUUACUACACAUCUGGCUGUCUUUUUUCCAUAAUUGCUGCAGUUGAAAGGUGACUACUGGCCUAUUCUAGAAUGAAAAGGUGUUAAUUAUGUUAAUAAUUAGGAAUUUGGAAGCAGCUUCCCUUAGUGGGUCCUGGAGGUGUGUGGGCUCUGGAAACUACAGAGAAGGCUGGUAGCCAGGGACAAGGCACCAGAGUAUGGGCAGGAGGACAUAAGAAGAACUAGAGGCUCUGUAGGAAAAAGUGAGAGAAAUCAUAAAUGACCACAGAGGCAAUUUCUCGGCAUGAUUUAAAAGUGCACUUGAUAUAAUAAGGUAAACUUGAAAGGCCAGGGAUUUGGUGUACUUUGCUCCUGAAAGUGCUCUAUGGGCUUUCUCUUAACAAGACACCUUCUUCCAGUCGAUAGCUCAGGAUGUGAGGGUAAAUGGAGAAGGUUCUAGAUCAUCUUUUUUUUCCUCACCUGGAAGCCAUCCUUUUUUCCCAACCCUCUUUAAAAAAAAAAAUCAUUUCACCAGAAGAAAUUUUGGUGAAAUUCUAUGCCUGUCUACGUUAUGAAAAGCUUGGAAACAGUAGGGCAGAGAGCAUCGCAUGUAAGUGCAGUGUUACCAGAUACUGACCAGUUUUAUAUAGUUAUUCCUAAGCUGGUUGGCCAGGAGAUUGCAUUUACUUGAUAGUCCUUAUGUGAAACAUUUGCCACAGUGUCCUAAAGGCCCUGCCCUUAAUGGGGUGAGAAGGGAAUCUGGCUUCUGAGUCAGGGGUCCCUCUGAUUGUCUGGCUAAGGGGGUGUCCCUGCCUUCUGUGUCUUUUACUUUGUCCCUCUGGAAGUGUCAUGCGCUAUCAAAGAAGACCAUUUCUCAAUGGCCUUGAAAUAGUCAAACCAUCUGUCCUAACCAGUCCAGGUAAAGUGAGACAGAGAGAGGAAGAAACCUUUAGACGCACCUUAAAGCUUAUGUAAAAUGUACUUCACGCAUGACUGCCAAAAACACAUUUCAUGCAGCAUUUUCUUUUAUUCAGAAAUCCCCAGCCUUCCAUCUUGCAACCGUCAGCUUCUUUCCCUCAAGUCUGCCUUCAACCUGUUACUUUUCUUCUUACUGUUAACAGAGGCGGUAGCAUAUGUUAUUACUCUACUAUGCAUCUGUUCGUGUGUGUGUGUGUUUAUUUAUAUACAUGCGUGUAAAUAUAACUUUCUUUAACUUAAGGUUAGUACAUUUUUUCAGCAAAUGUAGGGUAAUCUAGUUAAAGAGAACUGGGAAUUGUAGCAGGCAGGCAUUUCAAUCAAAGAUUCUAAAUUGUACUUCGGUUAAUAAUGAAAUCCUUGCAGGAAUUAGCUGCAAACUUGUAUUUAAGAAUCGAAUUUGAAGAGUUGUCUGUAUUGAUUUGUGAGGUAUAAUGGUGCUACUCGUGAUUGGAAUGCUGUGAAUUUGCUUCCUGCUGAGAGAAUGAGAGAGAUCAGAGCAGUCUGUUCUCUGGGAGCCCCCAUCCAUGCUCAUGCUGUGCUAAAGCCAAUAGUCCCAGCCCGUGGGGGUCCAGGAGCCCAAUCAUUGUGUAGAGUGAUUUUUGCUGGGAUGUGAUAUAGACCUGAUUUGAUUUUAUCAUACACAGAACCCAUUACUUAGCUAUUUGUUUACACAUGCAUUCAUAUACACAUACUUUAUUUAUAUAUAGCUAUUACAUGUUUUAUAUACAAAAUAAGAUCCAUCCUUUUAUUUAAAAUACCUUCUUCAGUGUCAUAAGCUUUUCUCCUCACAUGCAAUUUCAGUCUCUUUGAAACCAUUUUCACCAAAACAGUAAUAUAUAUUCUAGAAUUUACUGAAUGGAUAAGUAUUUGCAUCAAAAGUAUGUGUUUAUCACAUCGCAGCAUGAAAUCUGCUUUCCUUUUGAUAACUGGAGUUCAACUCUGAUCUUUCUUUUAGGAGCCCAGUGAAGAAUUUGUAUUUAGGUUUUGAAAAGCCUUUCUGUCUCCAGUUUAUCUCUAUCUCAUUUUAAUUCUUCAAACUCCCUGGAUCCCCCCACCUCCCGGGUUUCUUUUCUGAGUGACCAAGCUCUGAUAUUGCCUUUUUCUUGGAAAAGGGGUGGUUUUCUUGGUAAUUCCUGGGAGAAUAUUGCCAUUAUACCUAUCUUUUGGUCACUAGGGACUACGUGUAUGAUGUCAAGCUGUACUUUAAUGAAAAACAUAUCAUUUAAACCAUCAGAAAAUUGUAGGUUACACUGAAGAACUCAGGGACAUUCUCACCACUUAACAAGCCCUACUGGUCCUCCCCGUCUCCCUGCUGGUGUAGAUGAUCUCAUUUGGCUGGGUAGUUACCUUCUUCGGAAAGAGGGUCAGUUGUUUUUCCUCUCGUGGUACCUGUUUUUCCGACUUAAUGUGUUAGCCUACUUCCUCCACUCAAGAGUGAAAGGUGCAUAAUUUAUCAUGAGGCACUGGCUGGAAAACAAGAACACCAAAGGAGGCUCUCCUAAGACCACAGCACACGAGAUGAAGGAGGAAAAUGCUGUCAUACUGCCUUUGAUGAAAGGAGAGAAACAUCUGGCAGGUGGAGGCCCAGAGAGAGAAGGUGACCUUCCACUCAAACCUUUGCUUUUGUUUAUGUUGUUCCCCCAUCCUGCUUUCCACUUGUUCAAACCCCUCCAUCCCUCACGGCCCACAGCCACUUCCAUCUACCCUCUGAAUAGCUGAGCCAGCCCCUCCCCUUCUCAGCACUCCGAGUGCUUGCUCCUCUAAUUGGCAGUGAACCUCUCUACCUGAUGGUGGUUUUAUCUGAUUCUUGAGCUUUUAUUAACUUUCCAUAUUUUCUCUUCCAGGCAAAAUAAGGCAUGGAUCCUUUGUCUAGCUCUGUGCCUUUAUAUAGUUCUGCGCAUGGAGUGUAUAGGCCUUUGUGUACACAGAGUACACGUACCUUUGUAUAGUUCUGUGCACAGAGUAGACACUCAAAAAUGCAGUGAAUUGGAUAAAAGGUCUCAUGAAGGAAGCAGGUGUUCAGCGGUCCCCUUCAGUCAGACUAGCUUUCUUACUUGCAGACAACUGAGUAGUAGCCUCUGUGCAGUAGGGGUAUAGUGACACAACUAGAUGUCUCCUUCCCGGGAGCAGGGCCUGCAUCUUCUUUAUGUCCCUGUGGGUCCUGAGCACAGGCUGGGCACACCAGAGUCUCUGAACCUGCUCAGUGAAUUGAAAGGAAGAGAAUGGGCUGCCUUCUUGAUGCUAAGGCCCCAGCUGAAGUAACCAUGACCUUAGAACCCUGAGCUUGGGCUGACCUGGCUUCCUGCUGGGCUCAGCCUGCAGUGACAGUUAUAAUCUCUUAAAGUGAAAUAACAGGAGUGCUGCUGGAUCUUGAAAAAGCUCAAGAUAACCAGGUGCAAACUUUGCCACCUUCUUAGGUGAUAAACCCAGGAAAGUAACUGAUCUAUGCCAUCCACAAAAAAGGGGAAACAUUUCAAAUCUAUUUAUUUUUCUAUAUAUUUUCUAAAUCCGAAAGUCUCUAUACUUCGGUGCUUCUGAGUUGCAGUUUUUGCUUGUUACUUUUUGCUGACUCAAUUAAAAACACCCUUAAAGGGGUUCAUGCAGCCCCUUGACUAUGUCUGCUUUUGCUCCAGCUGCAAGUGCUCGUAGGAGUGAGAUUUGGACAGGACACUGGGAGGAUGUGGGGGCAGAAGGCAAAGCUACGUGCAUGGGUGUAGGUUUCCUGGAUCAGCUCCUGGCCAGCUGGUGAAGAAUUUGCUUUCUAUGGUUUAGUAGUACUGAGAUCAAUGAAGAUCUUUAGUCAGUUACACCCUGAUUAGCAAAAAUGUUCAUUUCUCUGUAUAGCUAAAUGUAAAGUUUUUCUUACUAGACAGAAGUGCCAUGCGUCUGUUUUUCGGGGUUUUGGUGUGUGUCUUUGUGUGUGUUACUGUUGUUCAGGAAGGGGUUGGGAUUUAAUUUAUUUUUUCCCUCUCCAAUAUCCACUCCCAUUCCCCCAUCCCCACUCUAGUGAAUUUAAUAUAUGUCCUUGAAUAUGCAGCUGACAUUUGUGGGUGUGGCAACAUGAAAGGAGUUUAAAAGCAUACACACACGCGUGUGCGCGCACACACACACACACACACGGCUAUUAUAUAUACUCACAGAGCCCUGCUUAAGAACUUUCCCUAAUCCCUAGUCAUAAAGAUAACCUUCUACAAUAUGCCUUGUUCUCACCAGAAUUUUCGGAAUGUCAUCCUGUAAAUCUUUGGCACACAUUUAUUUCUGGUUUUGUUUGAGUGAAGCAAAACUCCUGGAUAUAGUUUAAUAUGUUUGAGAUGUAGUCUAGCAAUCAGUAUCUGCUGAACAUUAAAUAACUUGGAAAGAAAUAAGCAUUCAUUAAUUCUUAUUCCAUUGGCUCUCAAACAUUAGUGUUGGUGGGAAUUACCAGCGAUCUUUGAAGAAAUGUCCAUUGUUGGUCCCUGGUGAGAUUCUGGUUGGUUACGAAUGGGGCUCAGUCACCUGCUUUUUAUCCAGUUCAGGUGGUCUGCAGUCAGUACUUUGAGAGAUACUAUCUUAUGUGGGUCAAAUUGUUAGCAGUGGCGAAUCCACACGGGUCUGCAGCAACCUCAGUUCUUGCCUCUUCAGAAGAAUUGGUCUGAGGGGCAUAAGGCAGAAGAAGAGACUGGGGCAAGUUUUAGAGCAGGAGUGAAAGUUUAUUAAAAAGUUUUAAAGGCCAGGCGCUGUGGCACAUGCCUGUAAUCCCAGCCCUUUGGGAAGCUGAGGCAGGUGGAUUGCUUGAGUCCAGGAGUUCCAGAGCAGCCUGGUCAACAUGGCGAAACCUCAUCUCUGCUAAAAAUACAAAAAGUAGUAUGGCGUGGUGGUGCACACCUGUAGUUCCAGCUACUCAGGAGGCAGAGGCAUGAGAAUCGCUUGAACCCGGGAGGUGGAGGUUGCCCUGGCUGAGAUCACGCCACUGCAGUCCAGCCUGGGCACACAGCGAGACUCUGCCUCAAAAUAAGUAAAAGUUUUAAAGCAGGAAUAAAAGGAAGAAAGUAUACUGGUGAGGCCGGAGCGGCUGCAAACAAACCUCGAACACCCAACUGGGAAGGAAGUGGCCGUUGCAUUUGGCCCGGAGUCUGGGCAGACGUGCGUCCCAAGAACUGAGCCCCACGACUGGAGAAUCCUGCCGCGUUUAAAGGCUCUCGCUCUUAGAGGGUGCACGUGAGAGGGUCGUGGUCCAUGAGGUAAGGCUUGCGCGCGGGUGCAGUCGUGACUCCCGGUGGAUGCAAUGUGAGCAGAGCCUCCGGGAAAGACGCCGCCAUACCUGCCUGUGAUCUGCACACAGGAUCGGGGCUGCAGGGGUUGAUCUUGCUCCCCCAGGUCUGCGAGUGGCACUGGGUCUGUCCCCUCCACUGCCCUUGUCCCUUCUGUGUUCAACGUUUACUUCUAGAAGGCUAAGGGCAAGUGGUCUUAGAAGCGCAAGAGGGAGAGGUGUCCUUCCUCACCGGGGAAGGGCCAAGGGGACGACCUGAGAGACUCCGGCGUGUGGUUUGACUUCUCACGUGAGCUCUUACAGGCCGGCACCUUUGGGCGUCGGCGUCGCCUCUCCCCUGUUCUUCCCCCGGGGUGGGCCGUCCGCAUGUGCAGUGGGCCAUCCGCAUGUGCAGUGGGCCGUCCGCAUGUGCAGUGGGCCGUCCGCAUGCGCAGUGGGCCGUCCACAUGCCAGGGGCUUGUCCGCAUGCGCAGUGGGCCGUCCGCAUGCGCAGUGGGCCUUCCGCAUGUGCGGGGGCUUGUCCACAUGCGCAGUGGGCCGUCCGCAUGUGCAGUGGGCCGUCCGCAUGCGCAGGGGCUUGUCCACAUGCGCAGUGGCCUGCCGGCGCUUGGGCAGAGCCAUGCCCCGUGUUUGCCGAAGUGGUGCGCAUGCUCACUGGAGGUGUUUCCCCUAGCAGGCAAGUGUUCCGGGAGAACGGUCAGACAUGCCUUAAGCGCCACCCUUUUGCCUCUGAGUGCACUUGCUUGAGCCCACUCGCCCAGUUUUUGAGGUGCUCUCAGGAAGCUGCUCAUCACCAGUGUCAGGUGUUUUAUCUGUCGGGAGGCUGCCCGCCUUUCCUGGCUCUGGCUGAAAGCAGUGAUUGUUUUAGAGACAGCUGACAACCACCUGACCAUCACCUCAUGGUCACCUCCCAUUCCUGGGUGGUGGUGGGGGAGGUCUCCCGCCCUGCUCAUGUCUGACUACCUACUGUAACCCAGUCAUAGCAGAUGCAUCACUUCAAAGGACACCAUCCACAACAACACAAAUAAGGGACUUCGAGCAGAGCGAAUGCCGCGGAACCUGCGGCACCAACGCAGCCACUGGGUACUGUAGUCAUUGCAGCCGGGAUGUGCGAAGCAGGGUUUCUACACCGAAGAGUUGUUGAAUAUUUUAUAGCCCUAGCUCUUUUCACAAUGCAGAGUUUCCAACAGGCACUGAUUCUUCUAAGGACUAGAACCUAUUACCACCUUAAUUAACACCUCUCCUCCUCCUCUUUUAAAGGAGCCCCCUGGGGUUCUCAAUAGAAAUGUGAGAUAUUGGGAGGAAGCACCUUCCCAGGGUGUAAGUUUGUCUCAUUAUAAAUGGAAAAAAUAAACCAGAGAGGCCUGGCAGUUAAGAUCCAUGGAUAGUUUCCAGGCUUAAAAAACAAAAGGCAGUAAGAUAUCACUGCAUUAAAUUACUGCAUCUUAAAACUUGUUCCAGAGCAGCCUAGAUGGCUUUUUUGUUU